ACCAGGCUGGGCUGGGAGAGCGCAUCCACCCGUAUCCACAGAGACAGCCACUUGGCAGCAGGAACACGAGGACUCCAGCCCUGAGUUGAGACAGGAUCGCCGAACAAAAAGCAGCCACCUGGCUCCUAGCACCGGGACCCGGCUCCUGGGAUCCUGCACAGCAGCUGGGAGAGCUUACAGCACGGAUCACGCAGAAGCAAGCAAUCACUAGCUCUUAGUAUCACACACAGGCUGCCUGCAAAGAGCAGUAUCGACAGAGGUCUCCCGCCGCCCCCUGCCCGUGGCUGCGAGGCUCGGGGCCCAGCCCAGCAGCUGCGAUUAUCAAUCCCGCUCUGCCCGUCCCCCCCGAGCAUGUGAUGGUCCUGCCCGCUGGAUCAGCUGCCCGAGCCCGGCGCUGCGUCACUCCGUGCCGGGAGAGGGGCUCGGGCUGCUCUGCCUGCCGGGGCCGGUGUCCGCAGCAUGGAGAAAGGACUGGUUGUUACUCAGCUGGAUGUUGAGCCUGGUGAGUGCAUCAAGGUCAAAGGGAAGAUCCAGUCUGAUGCCAAAGGGUUUGCUGUGAACGUGGGGAAGGACAGCAGCACCCUCAUGCUGCAUUUCAACCCUCGCUUUGACUGCCACGGGGAUGUCAACACCAUCGUGUGCAAUUCCAAGGAGGAUGGCGUGUGGGGGGAGGAGGACAGGAAGGCUGACUUCCCCUUCCAGCAUGGUGACAAGACUGAGAUAUGCAUCUCCUUCGAUGAAGCUGAGGCCACGGUGAAGCUGCCCGAGGCAGAGUUCAAGUUCCCAAAUCGGCUGGGCAUGGAGAAAAUUGAAUACCUGGCUGUGGAGGGUGACUUCAAAGUCAAAGCCAUUAAGUUCAGCUAACAGCUAUAGCUUGGUUUGUUUUGUUUUCUGCCCCCUGUGUAGUGAAAUAAACCAAAACUUGCAAUGGCUG